AGUUAAGAUAGAUAAUAGCCACUACCAAAAUCCUCCUCCUCCACACGGAAGAUAGAUGAUAAUGUGGGCGGCGGCGUCGUCGUCUUCUUCUUGCUCCGUCAAAAUGAACAACCCCCAAAACCCAACAGCAACACCGAAACGGAUACUCCUCCAACCACCAAAUGGCCUGGCGAUCCAACCCACCAGCAGAAGAAGAAUGUUGACGGUGUCUAUAUUAUCCUCAACAAGCAUCCUCCUCCUAUCUCCCUCUAUUAGCAACACCUGGGCUGAAACCGAGGAGCUCCGAAGGUACACCGACAUGAACGAGGGCUUUACCCUCCUCCUACCUAAAUCAUGGAUAAAGGUGGAGAAAGCAGGGGCCACAUUGCUUUUCCAGGAUCCGGUUCAAGGAAGCAACAAUGUGGGGGUUGUUGUAACACCGGUUCGUCUCACCACUCUUGCAGAUUUUGGAGAUCCCCAAUUUGUUGCAGACAAACUUAUUCAAGCUGAGAAACGCAAGGAAAGCACAAAAGAUGUACAACUAGUGUCUUCCACGGAGAGACAAAAGGGAGAUAUACAAGUAUACGAGUUUGAAUACAAAUUAGAUAGCACAAGAGGAGGUCUAAAGACAAUAUUCUCGGCCGCAUUUGUCGCCUCAAAGAAGCUUUACCUUUUAAACAUAGCUCACUCUCAACAACCGCCUUUAUCCGAUACUAAAAGAAUGAUGUUGGAAAAAGUUGUUCAUUCAUUCGAUGUACCUUCUUCGACAAAUCAUUAACCGCUAUUAUAAUUUGUAUUUUAGUUCCAAGACCACUAGACAUACAAGAAUAUAUAUUUGUAACACAUGUUAUUUUUCGGGGUGGAUGUGACCACCAUGGAGGUGGUGACAGUUUGUGAACCGUUCGGAUGGAAGUUCGUUUGCA